GCACCGCCGUUAUGGAAAAGCAACCCAGUGCGAAGCUACAGCCUGCAUAAUAAAAAAAAAAACCCCACUGCCAGGGCAGGUUUUUAGCAGGCUAAGCUAGAGAGCUAGUUGCUGCUACUGUAGCCACAAGGUAGAGAAAGACAGGCGAGUUUCAGCAGCCCGAAACACACACACGCACACACACCGUCUGCACACGGCGAGGAGCCCGUGGAGCAUGCUGCACAGAAACCCGUCCUUAGUUUUUCGGCCUACAUUUGCAAAAAAAACAACAAAAAGAGAGAGAGCACAUUUUGCGAGAAGCAGCAACAGUAACUUCAGAUUUUAGAUUUUGCCUUGGGGGAAAUGAUUGCUGAGGUGAAGUGUGUGCAAGGCGCCUAACGGGGCAGCUUUUUAAUUUAAGUGAAAUCUUUUUUUUUUUUAUCCUUUUUUUUUUGUUUGUUUUUUGAAGGCCCAGGAAGAUCUGCAAACUUGUUUCUCGUGCAGCCAGCCGCAAUGAUUCAUUGGAGUUGGAAUAAUGUCAUUUUAACUUUGCAAUGUAAAAAAACAAGGAAGACUUGGGAGUGUUUAGUGGAGCUGCUUAAACUAUUUGCAGGAUUUGAGUUUACCCACCUUUUUUUUUGUUUGUUUUUGGGGUUUUUUAUAGGCUGGCAUAAAUCUUUCUGACUUAAAUUCAUUGGACAUAUCAUAGGAAGUAGCAUCCAGCUGACCCAGAAAACAUAAAUCAAUGCUUUUGUGCUUUUUACUCACCACUGCAUCACAGGAUUUAACCAUCAAGUGAACUCUGGAGCUGCUGAUUACCCUCCAAAAAAAAAGAGAAAGAUGACACACUUGUUAAAUUGAGGGCAAUUUUUUCCUUCCCCCCCCCCCUUUCCUCUUGUGCUCCUGGCUGCAUCAGGAGGUCUGGUAUAAAAAGCCUGUCAAGCCCACAGUGGCCACUUUACUAUCAGUCAGGGAGGUCAGACAGGAGGGAAGCUCAGGGUGCAAGGAGACACACACACACAGCGAAGCCCGACUGCAGUGUGUCGUGGUCGAGUCGGUCGGCUGGGUUGCUGCCGCUCCUGCUACUGGGAGACUUCCUGGGCUUCUUGAGCGGCUCUGAAGGAUGACCGCUGCACGGCUCGCUGCUGAAUCCCGGUGAACAAACGGCGUCUCAUGUCCAAACGGCGGAAGGAUGGCUCAUGGCAAAGUGACCAUCACGGUGGACGAGUACAGCUCCAACCCCACACAGGCCUUCACACACUACAACAUCAACCAGAGCCGCUUCCAACCUCCACAUGUGCACAUGGUGGACCCCAUUCCUUAUGACACUCCCAAGCCAGCAGGACACACCAGGUUUGUGUGUGUGUCAGACACACACUCGCGUACAGACGGCAUCCAGAUGCCCUACGGCGACGUGCUGCUGCACAUGGGUGACUUCACCGAGCUGGGCCUGCCCUCCGAGGUUAAGAAGUUCAACGACUGGCUAGGUGGCCUCCCGUACGAAUUUAAGGUGGUGAUCGCUGGGAACCACGAGCUGACCUUUGAUAAGGACUUUAUGGCCGAGCUGGUCAAGCAGGAUUACUACCGAUUCCCCUCAGUCUCCAAACUCAAACCAGAGGACUUUGACAAUGUCCAGACGCUCCUCACAAACUGUGUGUACCUGCAGGACUCGGACGUCACCAUAAAGGGGUUCCGGAUAUACGGGGCGCCAUGGACUCCGUGGUUUAACGGCUGGGGGUUCAACCUGCCCCGGGGUCAGUCUCUGCUGGAUAAAUGGAACCUCGUCCCUGAAGGCAUUGACAUCCUGAUGACCCACGGACCUCCGCUCGGUUUCCGAGACUGGGUUCCUAAGGAGCUGCAGCGGGUCGGCUGUGUGGAGCUGCUCAACACGGUCCAGAAGAGGGUGCGACCCAAACUUCAUGCCUUCGGAGGCAUACACGAAGGCUACGGGAUCAUGACAGACGGCUACACAACGUUCAUCAACGCGUCGACCUGCACCGUCAGCUUCCAGCCCACCAACCCCCCCAUCGUGUUCGACCUGCCAAACCCCUCCAGCUCCUGAGACCAGAGGACAGGGAGGGUCACGGGCAGGAAAAACUACUUUUUUUCUAUAAAUAUGUCAAGUAAAAAAAAAAUCUAAGUGUUUCUUUGCAAACUUUUGGUCUUCUCCAAGCUGUUGUUGAGAUUGAGAAGAUUUGGAGACGUGGGGAGGGGUGGGGAGUUUGACUGGGAGGGUUAAAGGAGAAUACCGGUGUUAUAUUUUUUUUUAACUGUGCCAACAAUGCUGGUUUCCCUCUCAGAUUUUUGUUUUUCUGCUCACAGUCAGCACAGUUGCCGAUAUCAGGGCUUGUUUUCCUCCAGAAGAACAAGACUGUUUUUCUAUCUUGUUCAGUCUGAAAAACAACUUGUGAGAUAAUCCAUGAAGAAACUUUGUCUUUUGUCCUGAUUUCAUCUUGCAGAGUAGAGCAUUUUUAUGUCAGCGCUACUCAAUGUUACGCUCCGCUUCCUGUUAAUCGCCUGAUAGCCACAGGAAGAAACCUCAUCCAGGAAAUAAUCCCUUAAAGAUAUGUUGCCUUAGUGCACAAUGCCUGAAUAGAGUGAUAUUUUCUGGAUAAUGAUUACGUAAUUUUCAACAUAAAGCUAAUUUUCUUGAGAUCACAAGAAGAUUUUUUUUAUUAUUAUAGCAAAAUACUUUCUAUUAUUUUGCAAUCUUUUUCUUGUGAUCACAAAAAUUUGUAUUUAAAAAAACAAGUGUUAAAGUCUAAAUAAGUACAGUAUGAAAAUGAAUUUGGGGGGAAUGUAAAAAUGAGCUAUGAGAUACACCGGUAUUCUCCUUUUUCAGAGGGAUUUUGUGGUUAAACAAUCUUGCUCUUGAUAAAUAUUGGUCAGAUCUGUAAGAUAAAUGAUGCUUUGUGAAUUUGUACAAUUUCUUUGUUUGGUUUGCAUUGGCCGGACAAUGGAUGCCAUUGUUUUAUGUUGUAUCAUCUGAUAUUUUGUGUUUAGGUCUUAUUUGUUUUUUCUCGUUUCUUAUUGGCUGACAGGGACGCUGCCUUAAACUAGCUUUAAUGUUCUCAGCUAGAGCCCCACUCUCUGCGAGCUCAGAGAAAAGUCCUUAUUUAUUACCCAACAUCCCCGCAAAACAACACCUAACUAACGCAGGGACAGAAAGCUAUCAAAUUACAGCUGGAAAAAUUAACUUUGUAACAUCCCCUAAUGGAUUUCUGAUCUAAUUUGGAAAAUGUAUAUAUAUAUAUAUAUAUAUAUAUAUAUAUAUAUAUAUAUUCAUGUUGUAAAACAUCUGUACUAAAAGUUGUGUUUGACGAAAAAAAGAAAAUCUGGUGGGGUUUUUUCUGUAUGCACCUAUAUGAUUGACAUGUUUCUUUAAUGCUCCCAUCAGACGCUCUUCAGAGGUUUCUUUAAUUUUUUUUGUAUCAACUCUCCCAGUAGGGUAGACAUUCAUUUUGGAUGAGAGAGGAAAAUUUGUCAGAGUCACAAUCCAACAGGUGCUGGUUGUUCCAACAACACACCUGCCUAAACAUGGUUCAGUUGUCCUUUAAAGUGUAAAUCUGAUAGUAUUUGUGUUUUCUUGCUUUUUCUUUUUCUAAUUUUGCACUGUGUGUAAAUGCAAUCUUGCUAGCACAAAAAAAAAUGUUGCCAAUAGUUGUCUCAACUUUGCCGCUGUAAAUGCUCUUUCCGUGCUCUGUUCCUCUCUCGCUCUUUCUCUGAUUGUAUCCCUCUUCAUGGAAAUGUUAGUUCUCUCUUUCAGUUCAUUGUGAUAUAUUUAGCUGCCUUUAUAUGCAAAUAAAAUUGCAAGAUUUUUACUUAUCGA